UCUGCACGUUUGAUGGAAUGAGGGAGUGUAUUGAUUUCUACAGUGGUGAUUUUUCUCAGGAGGAUGUGAUGCGCUCUACAAGAUGACAGGUACACUGGUGCCACAGAAGCAGAGACUGUGGAUUCUGUGCGUGGUUUUGAUCACGGCAGCAGCUGGAGAGGACGUUCCUUGUCCAAAAGGUGGUCGGAUCGACCUAGCCAGCCGGCGAUGCUAUUGGCUGUCUGAGAGGACAUCCUCAUGGCCUGAGGCCCAGAAUUCAUGCAGAGAGACUCGGGGAGGAGAUCUGGCAUCUGUUGACAGCCUGGAGCUGCAAAACUUCAUCCACUACUCCUUUCCAGUUAAAACCACUGUGUGGGUAUGGCUGAAGAGAUCAGGAGGAGAAGGGACUGACCAGGUUGUGGAAUCAGUAAGUCCUGCAUGGUGGGCCAGAGGCAGUGAGAGUCAGGGGGGGUGUACUCAGAUGGCCUUGGGGACACAGGGACGAUGGAGGAAGGCUCAAUGUGCAGGACGAUACCUCUUCCUCUGUGAAAAAGAAGUAACCGAGUCUUUACCGUCUGUGGACAGUUACCUGACUGGAUUGGUUCUCAUGACCGGCAUCUAUACUCAGACCCAGAUCCACCCCUUCCCCAACGUCCCAGAGAUUGGACAACUCGCAGUGGAGAUGCAGCUGUUCCCGGGGAUGUGGUUCAGUCAUGCAGGUCAGUUGGUAUCAGUGGAGCUGGUGGUCCAGCCCAGUCCAGUCUCCUCUCUGGCCCGAGUCCAGAUCCUCCGACCCUACUGCAGCCCCAACCAGCACCUGGUACCUCCAGGUUGCAGCUCUCUCCUUAAUCCAUUCAGCUGCUGCUCAGCAGUACCGCUGUGUAACACCACAGGGGGCUGCAGCAUGGGCCAGUACUGGUGCCACCUGCUGGAGGCCUGUGUGCCCACCACUAGUCCCUGCAGCCCCUACGACUCCGCAGCAGGGGCCCGCGGCUUUGCUUUACCGCCCAGAUACCCUGAGAUACCCCCCUUCUACCACCUGGUGGCAGACCUGCCUCUGAGAAUAAACCCUAGCUCUGAACUAAAAACUCUAAGCCUGCUCCUUCCAGAUCGAGCGAUCAUGGUGUACCCUGAUGAUAUCGUGGCUGUGCAACACACUCGCGACUCUGGAACAUUCCUACAUUGCCUGAGCAGUGGAGCUUCUCUAAACUCCCCCUGGCGCCAGAGUUACAUGUCCCUUAGGAGGACGGAGUGGGGGGGCUGGUGGGAGGGAGGCCUCACUUCCCUGCCCCAUGGAGGCCAGUGGGUGGACGGGGUGCUGUGUGAUCUGAGGAUGCUGUACGAGGACAAUCUCCACAGAGGUACCGAUGAUAACUUUGGCUUCACUCACAGAGAGUCAACCACAGCCCCAGAUGUUUGGGCCCUGACAACUGGUCCUACUCCGAGUCUGAAAUCUAAAUUUGGGCUUAACGUCAUCCACCCCGUGCCAGACGAAAAGAACCAGAUUCACGUCCAAAUCAACGUCCCAACACUCAUUGCUGUUAAGGUCCUCUCUGGAGAGAAAGCCAGGAGCUCAUGGUCAGCCCCAGUUCUCCAGACCGGCGUCCCCUUCCUUCCAUCUUGUCCCGAAGAGGUGUCUGAGUCUUGGGCUGGCUGUAAGAGGCAAUCCCACGAUGCCUGGUUCUCCUCUGUGACCCUGGUGCUGCCCUCAGUCGGGGUUCAAACACUGAACAUCAGUGUGAUGGAUGCAGUAAGCUCUCAGAGUGUGAGGGUGAGGGUUUGUGGCUACGAGGCAGUAACAGGGCUUAGUGUUGAGCCACAUGGAUGCCUAAGGACGCUCGUAGAUGCUCCAAAGUCAUUUUUAGCCAAAGUGGAGAGUGGUUCCUCAGUCAAAUUCACGUGGGUGGUUGAUGACCUGGAGAAGUUUGCCCAUGAAGGAGAUUCUUACAGUGUAGUGUUCAGGAAACCUGCUGAGUAUAAGCUCAGGGUGACAGCUUCCAACCAUGUGAGCUCCCAGAGCCAACAAAUCCUCCUGACUGCUGACGAAAUGACCCCACUGGCUGAGCCUGAGUUCCUGUUAGUCAGGGAGGUCAUAGCUGUGAAUGCUGCACACCUCUACACCCUCAGGGUCAAAGUGGACAUCUCCUUGCCUGUCACCUUCAAAUGGGAUUUUGGGGAUGGCAGUAGCAAGGUGAUCCACACCCAGUCCGCUCCAUGUCAGACCCUGGAAGAGCCUAUGGAGAGAGGAGGGAAACAAGUGUAUGUCCAGGAUUCGGUGAACUAUACAUAUCCCAUCCCAGAUGACUACAUACUUCAUGUCCAAGUCUCCAACCAAUAUGACAACACUGACGCGUCCAUGAAGAUAAGCGUCCGCCCUCGAUUAAAUCACCUCCUUGUUUCCUUUUCCCUUCCCGUACCCCUAGUCAAACAGACUGUCCUUCUGGAAGCUUCCGCAGAGCCCUCCAACUACGCCGUCGUCUACACGUGGGACUUUGGCGACAGCUCUGAAGCUGUCCAAGGCAUCCACCGUAAAGUCAACCACGCUUUUGCAACUGCGGGGGUUUAUAACGUCACAGUGUGUGCCAACAACACUCUUUCAGUCCUGACCACCUGGCUCAUGGUGGCGGUUAUGGAGAAAAUCUCUGGAUUAACCGUCAGCUACAACGGACCUGGUGAACUAAGCUCUGCUACAGAUUUCAGAGCUACAGUGGCCGCUGGUACGAGUCUCAUUUGGGAUUAUGACUUUGGUGAUGGGUCCCUGCAGAGAAACCUUACAGAUGGUUCCAUCUCCCACGUCUAUAAGUCGCCAGGGAACUAUACAGUAGUUGUAACUGUAUCAAAUUCUGUCAGCCAAGCUCAUCAGUCAAUCAGUGUAGAGGUCUAUAAGUUGGCUGUUAGUGGAGUUCUCCCUACAGAAUGCGUCAUGAGUGGAAGAGACAUACGGUUUACCGCUCUGGUGAAUGGGAACAUAUCCAUUCUGACUUUCCAUUGGCUGUUUGGAGAUGGAUCACCUCUGACUGUAGUGAGGGGACAGUCGGCCGCCAUGCACAAAUUUCAAAGCCAAGGGAAUUGUCAUAUUAGUCUAACUGUGUUUGGUUCUAUUACAUCUGUAUCAUUUAAUACGAGUAUCUGUGUCGAAGCGCCAAUAACCAACAUGACAGUGCAGUCAUCACAGGAAGUAGCAGCAGUAGGAGAAGAGGUAUGUUUCUUGGUGUUAGUUUCCCCUGUACAAAUGAGGGGUUACCAAUUUAAGUGGUUUAGCAGCCCCUCUAGUCUCAUUGCCAUGACAGAAAACACUAAAAAGUGUUUUAUCUUUAGAGAUGAAGGCGUUGAAGAGGUAUCGGUAACAGCGAGUAACAAAGUCAGCAACAAAACAGCCAGAGUUAGUAUCACCAUUCAAAACCCUGUAAGUAAGCUGUCUUUGGCACAUGAUAGUCAAAGUGGCACACUGACAGUCAACACAUUAGCAUCGUUUUGGGUUGCUAGUUGCACCGGCAGCAAUGUGUCGGUGCUGUGGGAGUUUGGAGACGGAUCUCCGGUGGAGCAGAAGCAAAAUGCGUCACACGUCUUCACCUCGACGGGUCAGUUCACAGUCACCGCCACAGCAUUUAACGCUGUUAGCCGUGAUUCCGUGACCCUUGAAGUCAAUGUUCUACUUCCUAUUUCAGACCUUUCACUUCACACCAACCAGCCUUAUGCUGUAGUUGGAGAAGAAACUCUUAUCUCAGCGAUUAGCAGUGCCAUCAGUAGCACCAACUACUACUGGACUGUUGACGGUAUCGUCUCAACCAAACAGGGGACUUAUCAGUUCAGAUUUGCUUUUCUGAAACCAGGAGUGUAUCAAGUGAGGGUCAUAGCACAGAACUUGGUGAGUAGAAAGGAGGCAGCUAUUUUAAUUGAGGUCUUUGAAAGAAUAGAGGGUCUUCGGAUUGAAUGUCAGAGCCUGACAAACAUGAAAUACGUCCCAACCCAAGAGGAACUGCUGUUUAUUGCUUCAAUCACCAAGGGCUCCAAUGUCACUUAUCACUGGCUUGCUACGCAGAGCGGAAUAACCCGACAAAUUACUGGCGACGGAGAGCUUUUUCAUAUGUUAGCUGAAACUCCUGGUGGGAUUUCCGUUCAGCUAAGAGCUUCUAACAAUGUGGGUGAGGCCACCAGCAUUGUUUCUUUAGAGGCUGUACAGCUUGUAACAGGCGCACACAUUGAAACACAAUCAACCAUUGUGGCAUUAGGGAAAUUAGUGAAUAUCUCUGUAUCCGUGGUUGCCGGGUCAGACCUACGGUACCUUUGGUACGUGAAAUCUGAUCUAUCACCCCUGCAGACACACACGCCCUUUCUUCUCCACACUUUUACAAGUGUUGGUCAUUGUCUCGUUAGAGUUUCAGUUCAGAACGUCCUCAGCCACAGCAAUGCCACCAAAGAGUUUAAUAUUCAGGAGGAGGUCCAAAGGGUGGACUUUGACAUUGAAGGAAAGACGCAUCCCUUUUAUUUCAGAACAAGUGCAGCCGUUAUCCAUGGGCUUGUUCACAAGGGUAGCGAUCUACACUGGAACUGGACAGUUAGAGGUGCUAUACUUUUUAAUGCUUCUAAUCAGACCUUUAUUUACACUUUUCCAUGUGCGGGUAUCUAUCAGGUGUCUUUGAAUGUCUCCAAUGAGAUAAAUUGGCAGAUGGUUUCACACAGUGUCACAGUCCAGGAUGCAAUCAAAGGUCUAAGCCUGAACAUUUCCGAGUCGUCUUUCUGCACAGAGGAACAAGUUACUUUUAUUCCAACGAUCUCCAAAGGAAGCAAUGUAAGCUUUGCUAUAACAUUUAGAAACAAAGACUGGGCUCAUAGUCAGGGAAUUCUCGAUGGGCGGUUCACCACAUCAAGCCUUCCAGUGGGGACACAUCUAGUCACAGUGAAUGGUUGGAACCAGGUCAGUAGUGCUGAGGUUUCCUCCAGCAUCCUGAUCGCUGAGAAUAUUCGAGGUUUGCGACUUGUGAACUGUUGUUCUGAUGCUCUAGAGGCUGUGAAAGGGAUCCAGUUCAAGGCAGAAGUACAAAGUGGACUUCCAGUAAACUACACCUGGAAGUUUCACUCUGUGGGGUCUGAGCCCACCUGGCUCAUGGGACAAGAAGUGAUCUUUACUCCACCAGAAAGUGGUUCAUUGUCUGUAAGAGUGCUCGCCACCAAUGGAAUCUGCUCCGAGACGGUAAACAAUACUGCCACGGUCCAGUGGCCUGUUAAGAAGGUCAAGCUUGUCUGUCAUUCCAAAAGAAUAUUUGUUGGACAUGCUGUAAGGUUUUCUGCAAAAGUGAAUGAAGGGACCAAUCCCAGAUACCUCUGGGACUUUGGAGAUUCCACUGAAGCAUUGGCAACAGAUUUGAGCACAGUCAGUCAUACUUAUUACAUUCCUGGGAAAUACAGUGUUAUGGUCAAAGUUCUCAACAGUGUCAGCCAUGUGUCCAAACAGCUACACAUGGAGGUGGAGGAGCCCCAGUGUCCCAGCCCUCAAGCUUCUCUUGUCCAGAGCCAGUGUACUAUCUUCAGGUCUAGACCGAGUUUCUUUGAAGCAAGCGUAGACAUUAACUGCUCUGCUUACAAAGCUUCAUAUCUAUGGGAGAUACUCAAAGAGUCAGAUUGUACCAACUUAGAAUUCUCUGGUAACAAAGUCAUUCUUAGAAGUCAGGUAGAUGCAACUUCUCCAUUUCUCUUACUCCCGAAGCGCACUCUCGAUAUGGGGCAGUAUUGCCUGGUAUUCACCGUCUCACUCCAGGGAACUCCUCUACAUGUCCAACGAAAAACCAGCGUUACAGUGGUCCAAUCAACGCUGGUAGCCGUCAUCAAGGGAGGAUCACACAGACUGUGGCCCAGCCUCAGUGACCUCUUCCUGGACGGAUCGGAGUCUGAAGACCCUGAUGUAGAGCCAGGAGUGGAGGAUACACUGCAAUACCGCUGGACCUUCAUGACACUGGUGACAGUGUGUGAAGCUCCUGUGCUUCCUGUGAUUGUGGAAUGUGUGUCCUGCUCUGUCCUGUCCUCCCCUCACCACGUUAGCUACACCAGCCCCAUCAUCCUCUCGGGCCAAUGUGGACAGUGUGACGACCAGGCUCAGUACAAAUGGAGUGCUGAGGACCAGACUGGCGUGACCCUUGACCUUAACGAGGUCUCCACCUCUACGGGGAGACAUUCUCCUAACUUGGUGGUGCGUUCAGGUGUCCCGCAGCCAGGACAGAGUUAUACCUUCACUCUCAACGUAUCCCAGCCUGUCAGAGGGCGCUGGGGCAGCGCCAGCCUGACGAUACUACCUAACAAUCUGCCACACGGAGGCCUGUGUCACCUCAGUCCAGAGUCAGAUAUACGUCUACUGGAGACAGUGGUCACCUACAACUGCUCAGGAUGGAAAGACGGUGAAAGCAGCGCCUCUCAGCUGAUCUAUACUUUCCAGGUUGCACCAUGCCAGCCCACUGGCACAGUGUGCCCCCUGCUCACUCUGUACAGAGGUACUCGUUCAACAUAUAGAAGCCUGGUUCCAAUGGGAAGUCUUGGGCGAGAAAGACGCAUGUCAGUUAUCACAGUUACAUUGCUUGUAGAGGACCAUCAGGGGGCAAAGGUCAUCGCUCUGAACAGAAUGCUGACAGUUGAAUCUCCUCCAAGGGACGACGUUGCCAGUCAGUGGCUCAGAAACAAGAGCCAGACAGAGCUGUGGGCUUUAGUCCAACAUGGCAACCCUCAGGAAAUCAUCCCUUAUUCCAUUGCCCUCACCAGCCAGCUCAAUCAGAUGGAGUCUGGACGGACUGCCGUGGAGCUCAUGGACAGAAGGGAGAUCCGGGGAAAUGUGACCCGAGCCCUGGCCUCUCUGCCCGUGUCCUCCUUGCUGAAUGUUGAUCAGAUCAGCUCAGCGUUGUCACAGUCUACUGCUGUUCCUAGUGAACUGGUGUGUGAAAAGUGCCAGGAGGAGGUUCUGGAAGCUGUGGGGAAGAUGAUCCACGUCCUGGAGGAGCAGAUGAGUCCUGGUGUUUUGUCAGCUGUGGAAACAGGAAGGAACAUCCUUAACAUCAUAGGUAGCACCCUGGCGGCUGUGCCUGAGUCUGUCAGUGCUUCCGGUUCUCACCCAGCCUCCUCAGGCUCUCUGCAGUCAGCUUCCACCAUCACCAUGUCAGCGCUGGGCCACGCAGGGGUCCUGAUGCGCUCUCUGAUGCAUUCACGUGUCCACGGCGAGGAGCCCCUUUCGCUCUCCACCGAUUACAUCAACACAGUGGGUUUCCACGGAGACCCCUCCGACCUCCUCUGCACUCACCAGUCCAACCAAGACCAGAUCUCUCAGUCAGCUGAUGAAUGGGAGAUGUCUCACCCGUGUCCGUUUCACAUCCCCACCUCCCUUACUGCUCGCCUGAAGAGUCAGGAGUCCGAGGUGGUGCAGGUUCUGUUUGGUAUCGAUGCAGAGUUAGGAUCCAGCCCGUUGCUGACAGCGGCCGACCCUCCGAUUUCCACCGCUCUGGUUGCCAUGGAGCUCACCACACCUCAGGGCCAACCCAUACCCAUCCAGGAUCUGGACCCCCAACAGGCCAUACGGGUCACCCUGCCCAACAAAUACCCUGUGGGACAGGACGACGGGGUCAGAGAUGGGAGGGUGGGUGAAGCUGGGAACGGGACAUGUCUCACUGUGACGCUCCCCACUAAAGGAAGGUUGAACCUCACAGUCAAAGCUGUGGAUGGACUGGAUGAACACGCAGGUUUAUAUAUCUCCUUCAACUUCAGGCUGGACCCAGGAGCUACUCCAGUGAGUCUGGGACAUGUCAAGAUAGAAGUGAGCUCUGCAGUGCCGGGGACUAAUGCAUCCCAGGAUUCCCUAGUGAGAGAGUGGGCUCUCGCUCUCUCCGCUCCGACCACCUCCAGAGAAGAAACCAUAUUCCUGUCUCCGCUUUUGAACAGGACGGACAAGCCUCUCUCUGUCAACCUGACCUCGUCUGUGGCCGACGGCGGUCCCGUCCAUGCAUCAGUGUGCGUGUUCAGCUCUCUGUGCCGGUACUACAGUGAGAAGGAGAGGCGUUGGAGCAGUGAGGGUCUACAGCCACUGGAGGGCAGCACGCUCCACGCAGCACACUGCCUCACCCAGCACCUCACCAUGUUUGGGGCCAGCUUGUUUGUUCAUCCUGGGGCCGUCGUUCUGCUGCCACCGCCAGGCGGUCCCAUGCGCAACAUGGUGGCUGGGAUUGUGUGUGCUGUCCUGGUUCUGAUUCACCUGCUGGUGGGGCUCAUCGCCCAUAAACUGGACCACUUGGACAGCCUGAGACUGAGCCAGGUCCCCUUGUGUGGCCGGCCGGGGCUGUACCACUACAGAGUGCUGGUCAAGACUGGCUGGAGGCGAGGAGCAGGCACCACGGCACAUGUUGGCAUCAGUCUGUACGGUGUGAACAAGAGCGGCUCUCGCCAUCUGCAGAGGGAUGGAGCUUUUCAGCGUGGCAGCCUGGACCAGUUUCACCUGGAGACAGACGACAACCUGGGAGAAGUUUGGAAAAUUCGCAUUUGGCAUGAUAACACAGGUCUGGAGCCGUCCUGGUACGUUCAGCAUGUGGUGGUUUGGGACCCUCAGACAGACCACAUGUUCUUCUUCCUGCUGGAGGACUGGCUCUCUGUGGGGCAUCAGAAGAACGGCUCUGUGGAGAAGGAAGUUCUAGCGUCAUGUCCUGAGGAGCUUUCUCAGUUUCGACGGGUCUUCACCUCCCAGCUGACGUUCGGGAUGGUUGAGCAGCACCUGUGGCUGUCGCUGUGGGAACGGCCGGCCCACAGCCGUUUCACCCGGGGUCAGAGGGUCACAUGCAGCGCUCUCACGCUGCACCUCUACCUGGCACUGGGGGCUCUGUGGUACGGGGCUGUUGGGACCAAGGGACACAGGGGACCGGUGUCAGCCCACUUGCUGGUUAACAUGGAGGCGGUUGCCGUGGGGAUGACUGUUGCGGUACUGGUGUUUCCUCUCCAGUAUCUCCUCUGUUUCCUGUUUAGAAAAGCUCACAGCCAGGUAACCGAGGACAUGUCAGUUCCUCCUUCGCCCGUUUGUCACUCUGUGGAGAUGGACGUUUACCUCGGCCAAUCGGAGCUCUCCGGCCCUUCCUUCCUGUCCCUGCCAGACUCCUCCGGCCCAGCUCGGGACAGUCCUUCAUCCUUACUGGAGAGCAAGGCGUUUGACUCCAGCAUUCUGGACUUUUGGGCUGCGUCCGGCUUGGCGCCCCAGACAGAUGCAGCAUGUCAAGAGGAGGUCAUAGGGACAUGGCCGUCAUGCGACAGCCUCCUCAAUCUGCCAGUAGGGCUGUGCCUCAGCAAGACGCCACCAGCCAACUCCAACCUCUGCGAUGUUUCACCCGCUCUGGGCCCUACGCGCCAGCUGAGGAGAAAAAAGGCCCUAAUGCAGCUCCGCCUGGCCAAACCCUCCUCCACUGGCUCACCCGCUGCUCCCUCAUAUCCUCUUUCAAAAGACAUUUCCAGUUCACACCAAUCCCCUGCUGCACUGGACAAAAAGGUCUCCAACUUAGUGCAAGCUCAUAACCACAAUCUGACAACACUCCUGACUCUGUCUGAGGAGGAUCUGUUGAUGUCUAUAGCAGCAGCAGCAGAGGACACAGCAGGUAAAACUAACAGCAACUCAGACAGCGGCAGGGAUUCCCCAAGAACCAUCUCCUCGCUCUCAGCCACCCAGAGCACCUCCUGCAGCAGCUGGUCGGAGCAGAGCGAGGAGAAGUCUAUGUACGGCGCAGAGAUUUACAAGCCAGAUCCACAGUCCUUUCCUGUCCUGUAUGGUGCAGGACUCUACAAGUGUCCCUCUGUGCUGUCUGUAGACUCAGUGGCCAGCACCUUCCUGCCGAGCCCGUCUCCUGACUCCACGCGCUCCUCCUCCACCACACGCAUAGGGGUUGCUCGAGGUCAGCCCAGCUGGCUGCUUCCUCCCUGGGCACUAUGUGUGAUUUACCCCCUGGUGGCUGCGCUGCUGGCAGCGUGCCUGGCCGCGGUCGGACUCUACGGCAGCUUCUUGUCCAGAACAGCUGUCCUCAUGUGGCUGGUAUCAGCUCUCUCCGCCUUUCUCACCUCUGCUCUGCUGCUGGAACCUCUCAAAGUGUGUGCGCAGGCGUUAAUCUACACAGCACUGUGGAGGCCCGUGGAUCCAGAGGUGGAGGAGCAGCUGGCUCAGGAGAGCACCGUGGCGAGGGCAUUUGGGGAGCAUGGCGGGAAGGUCCGGCCGCCAUGUGGCUACGGGCUGCUACAGGCUAAAGAGGAGGCUCGCAAAGUCCGAGCUCUGCGAUCACUUAUGAGGCACUGUGUGUGCCAGCUGUUGUUUCUGUUGCUGGUGCUGAUGGUGAACUACCAGGACGGCUUAGAGCAGAGGCAGGGCAGGCUGCUGCACUCCGCUGUUAGGCGUCGUCUUCACACAGCACCCUCGGGGGUCCCUAACCUCACCUCACUCAGAGACUGGUCAGACGCAGAGCAGUGGAUCAACAACACUUUGGUGCCACACCUGCACCAAAACCCUACAUUGCUCCUUGUUGGAUCUCCACAGCUGCAGUACACACCUCCUCUCAGUCCUCUGGUGAGCGUCUUUCUGGGAAACAGCAGCGUGACAACACGCCAGCUCCUAGCUGACUUGCACAUGGCAGACUGGAGCAAGAAACAGUUUAAAAGUCUUUCUGUGGACUUCACACACUACCACAGAGAGUCUGGUUUAUUUGUGUGUGUGUCCAUGCAGCUGGAAUGGGCUCAGACACAGAGAGUCACCCCCUUUCUCUCCAUCCAUCCAUUCCUCAUCCCUUCAUCCUUCUCUGGACUGGACCUGCAGGUGGCACUUACGGUCCUCCUUCUCAUCUCUGCUCUCCUCAUCUUGUUCGGAGAGCUGUGGUUCAUGGCUGCUGAGCGUGCCCAGUAUCUGCGUCAAUGCAGACACUGGUUGCAGCUUCUCCUGGCCUUGUUGUCCCUGGCAACGGCUAUCCUGCAGCUCUGCUUCCUGUCCCAGGCCACUUGCUGUUUUUCCAAGCUUCGAUCCCAACCAGACAGCUUCAUCAACCUCCACAGUGCCGCCCUUCUGGCACAGAGCUGUUCUCAGUGCGCGGCUGUCCUGCUCACUCUACUAGUUCUAAAGGUAAAUGACAACUCUGCUUCGUCAUUAUCUGCUGGGAACCUUGAGGUUUGUGCGGAGGUGGGUGGUGUUAGGCAGAGUGCUGCAGAGAGCCUGGAGGGAGCUGUGGGCUCUGACCGCCCUGCUGCUGUUGCUGCUGCUGCUCUGCACUCACCUGGGAAACACGUGGAAGGUUUCCUGUCUGUACGUCAGACCGGGGUCUCAGUGCUGUCCAUCCUACGGGGCCGGAUGGCCCUCCAAAGACUGUGCAGGGUCCACCCGGUCCUGGGCCCUCUCUAUGGGCUGCUGCUGAUGGGGGGAGGUGUUUGGCUCUUAGCCAGACUCUGUGGAGCUGUUCUCAUCCGUACAUACAGGGCAGAGCAGGCUGAGCUGUACUGUCCAACCAUUGAACCUCAGGACUAUGAGAUGGUGGAGUUCUUCAUCAAGAGACUCAAACUGUGGAUGGGACUCACCAAAGCUAAAGAGUUCAGGCACAGGGUGAAGUUCGAAGGUAUGGACGUCCCUCCUUCCAGGUCCUCCCAGGAGUCCCGUCUCUCCACCCUGUCUUCCACCCUCCCCUCUUCCCACUCUCCUUCCCUGUCCUCCUCUUUCUCAUCCCCCCGUCCCCUUUCCUCGUCUCUCUCUGUGAGGUCUGAGGACUCGUCGGCGUCCGAGGCUGGGUUGGACGUCCAACCCUACCUGGACCGCCUGCUGCCCUGCGUCAGCGCACUGCUGUCUCGCUUUGAUCAGGUCAAUCAGAUAACCGAGGACGUCCACAACCUGGAAAUGAAACUGGAAGAGGCUCAGACAAGGAGGAGGAAGAGGUGGAUCAAUAACGAGGACAAAGGUGCAGAGAGAUCCGGAGAGUCAUCAAAGCCAAAGGAACUGGAAGGAGAAGGAAGGGUAACAGGGGAAGUGAGACACAGGAAGACGGGUCUUCUUUACCCCAAACCACGAGUCUCCCUUCCAUCACUUCACUCCUCCGCUACAUCGGUCUGCAUCUUUCCCCGUACACGCAGCACCUACUCUGAGUCUGAAUCAGCGCAGUUUCAUCCUCACGCAUCUAGCAACAACCACACUUCUGAAGCAGCCAUGCUUGGGAUCUGCGGUUUGUACCCUGCAGGUUCUCCUGGAUACGCCGGGUUCCCCAGGAGAAGAGCUUGGCAUUCUGGGAGCUCCCAUUCGGCUGAUGCAGCUCAGAGGAUCUUCCAGGCUCAAGGUGGAGUCGCUCCAUGUGGCAACGUAGGAGAGUAUUUAGCUUUCACUAACAGCAGACCCAGGAGUGAAGAAGGGGUGAGACGGCAUAUCAGUGAUGGAGUCCCUGUGAAGAGGAAGGCUUGGACUGAGCAAGACUGACCACUGGGUUUACUCUGGGAGCGAGCUUAGAUCUGGAUCCGACUGGAUCUCUGCAGUGGUUUGCAGCUACAAAGCGCUGGACUAACAGUUGCUAUUCAGGUAGCAUUAAAGGGCCUCUGAUUUUACACAUUAGGAUCAAUUUACUUUUUAUGGAGGAGUACCACUCAGCUCACGGAAAUAGUUGUAUAAUGUUUUCUCUGGUGGUUCCGGAGGACUUUUGUCAAGUCUGAGAAAAUAACCCCAGAUGAUGUCAUCAGGGGUAUCUCGGCUUGGGCUUGGAGACCACUGAUUUUUAAAAAAGCUUUCAGUUGACCUAUUUUUGCAGCUUGACCCACAUAGGCUCCCACAACUUCAUGGAAGUUCAACACUAGAUUGCUAGAGUCAGGGGCGUAAAUAAAGACAGUGCAGGCACUGCGGUUGCAUUGGGGCCCGUGGGUUGGGGGGGCGUAGAGAUAGUGUUUAAAGAAAAAAACUAUGUAUAGAAAUAUUCCCUCUCAAUCUUAUGACCCAUUAGAAGUGUGUGGUGAUGUCUGUAUCUACGGUACAGAGACCCUGCUCUCUGCCACGUGGGGGUGUAACCCCCCAGCCAAUAAGCAAGGUGUGCAGCCCGUUCAGGUCGUCAAAAUACCGCCGCUUUGUCACGCCCCUCGACGUCUGAUACCGAGGCACAAGUCCCCAUUCAGCUCUGUCAGAUACAAAGCGGCCAUAUUUGACGGAUGAGAACGGGGAUGUGUGUUUUUAUGUGCAUGUGCUCUAGUGUCCCACGGCUCCUCGGUCUCUCCUCUGCUGUGUGUAGAGCGCUGCCAUGUUUGACCGAGAGCAGCGCUGAGCCACACACACAGCGUGCAGGAUGAAGCGUGCCCCUUCGGCUGCAUUUUAUUCAAAAUCCGGCAAUUUGGCACCUCCCCUCUAACCUGACCCUGUUAGAUUGUUUGUUACACACAACCAUCUGAGAAGCCGUCAUUGGCAACUGUUUGGAAAAGGGCAGGCACUUGCCGUACUUUAUAUGUUUAUAAGUGCUGUUCUUUGCCCUUCUUUCAAUGAAGAAAUAAUACUCUCCAGUUCUGAUGUAACUGAUGCUAUUACAGCAUCUACGCUAACCUCUUCAGGAGCUGCCAUUGUUGUAAAGAACGAACAGUCGCCUCUCUUUGUGUCGUCUCACACACCUAAACCACGCCCGUAGCAUCAUGUGACGAGUGAAUACGAUGGUUUGUGUGUGGGGGUGGGGGGGUGGGUUCAUAACCAGUAACUAGCGUGCACUGGGGCCCGUCGUACACUACCUUACACCACUGGCUGGAGUACCAUUUAAGAUAUCCCUCCAUACAACAGAACUAGUUCAGGGCUUACUGUACCAUCAUCACAUUUAUGGACUGGAACUGUUCUUCAAGCGCCCUUUAUGAGAUUUUUGUAAAAUCUUCCAAAGAAAAACAACUUGGAAGCUUUGAGUAGGGGUAAUACAAUUUUCAAUUUGUCACUAUUUCACAUAGAAAAGGAGAUUCUAGCACACUGCAGUUACACAAAGGACAUUUAUUGAAUCAAUCCAUCAAACUAACUUUCCCUUCUGGCCUUCAUCAGGGUCUUGUAUGCAGGAAUUUCCUUUGCUACAAAAUAAUGAACUCCUAUCCAAUGCACGCACCUGCAUAGGAAAUGAUGGAUGUGGAAGUAAUUCUUCAAACCCUAGUAAUUAUUAUUUAAGCCAAAAAGCCUGUUGACCAUACAUAGAAGGACAGACAGGAGUUUGUAAGUUAACAAAGAGAGAAAAGGGGAGUUAUGAAUGUAAUAUUUGUAAAAAAUGUAACAUUUACUUUAAGACAGUUUUCACCAUUGUGUUCUUUUUGUAGUAAAUGUAAAUGCAGUUAUAAGCUGACACACUUUUGUAAGAGACUCUGGGGAUAUUUUACCCUACAGACAGAAUAAAAACGAGAGACCGUUUGGUCUGAAAGUAGUUUCAGUUCUUUUUAAACAUUUUAUUUAUAAUAUGAAAACAGUGCUCUAAUAUAACAGCACUGUGAGCACUUAUGUUUCUGUCAAUGUGUUUUUAGUUUAAAUAAUCACACACCUCUAUGAAUGUUUUAUCAGCAGUCAUUCAUAUUAUUACUUAUCUAAAGGAAAAGACCUUGAUAUGAGAGUAAACGCACGAUAACAGAGCAGCAAACACUGUUAUUAGUGAGACCCGUGUGUUAAGGUGACUGACUGUGGUGUUUGUCAGUUUUGGCCAAUACACAAAAGAAAAAAACAUAUUUAAAACAAAGAAUACAGAUUUAUUAGUAGAGUAAUAGAGUAUGGAGUAUGUUUAUGCUAAGGCAAACAUUUUAAAUUAAAUUAAAUGAAAGUAUAAAAAGAGAAUUUUUACAAUUUUAAUAGUAGCGGCACUUAAACAGAUAACAAAAACUGUCUGAGACCAGAGGCGCCACAAUUAAGUAAAUAGGAAUAUACAUUAAAUAAAAAAUUAAAUCUAUAAAAUGGAGAUAAUAAAUCACAGAAUUAAGAGCUUAGAUAAAUUGUUUGAUAUGAGAUGGAAGAAGAUACAGAAAACAAACGUUAUACAAAAUUUAAAUAAAACUAUAACUUUAAGAUACUCCCUGAGCCAAUGUGUACAGUAUAUGUAUGUGUAUGAAUGUACAUACAUGUGUAUGUGUAUAACUUCUACUGUUUAUUAUCACUAUCAUUAUUAGUUUGAUUUCAUUUCUAAUUAUUAUAUUUCUUAUUUUCUAUAUAUGUUUUUUAUUAUUAUUACUUUAUUUUUUUAUUCUUUUCUAUUUAUUUUUUUAAAAUGUUAGAUAUACAGUUACUAUCAUAAAGUUGUUUGAUACUUUGAUACUUUUCUGAGAACUACUAUAAGGGAUCACAAUUCAACAAAUAAAGAGUAUAAAAAAGAAAGUAUAAAAAGCAUCAAAUAAAAACAACAUAUACACAAAACUGAAACAUUAACCAAAAUAAAACACUAAAAUUAAACAGUUUCAUAUGUACUAGAGCUGUAUUAUCACCUUUUGACUUUGCGAAGAGAACCUUUAUGGUUUCUUUUGGCAUUUAACGCCUUCAACAUGAACACAAAUAUUAUACUCUACCGCAGUUACGCAAGCUUUAUCCAAAACUUUGUGUUCCUUCCUUUAAUAAUCAUAUAAUUGACAUUGUCUUGAGGUCAGCGAUUAGUUUUCCAUAUACUUAUCUGUACUUAUCACUUGUUCAUAUGCAUUGCCU